ACUAUAAAUCGUGCGGUUUCUCCUUCAAUCCUCAGACUUAAGGAGCAGCUACUGAAGUCCACAUUAAAAACCCAAAAUGAGAAUCGUUAUACUGACCGUUUUGGUGGCCUGUGCCAUGGGCAUGGAUUUCGACCUGAAGAAUAUCCAGGGUAUGAUUGGAGGUCUCAGCGGAAUGGGAAACAUUGGCAACUUGAUGGGACAAGCUAAGAGCUUAAUGUCUGGACUCAACAUGGACGAUAUUUCAUCUCUUAUUAAGGAUGUCGACCCCGAUGAGUUGAAGGGGAUCAUCGAGCACAUGCCCCCACAAAUGAUGGAGAUGGUCGAGGGAAUGGGUCUUUCCAAGGAGGAUAUCACUGAUGCCGCCAAGCAUUUGCCAGAGCACAUGGACGAAAUCAAGGAUAUGAUCGGAGGCGUACAAAACGGAGGUAUACAGAAGAUGAUGAAGGCUGAGCUCGCAAAUAUGGGAAUGGAGGUUCCAAAUGAGGAUGAUAUGUCAAGCAUCAUGGGCACCCUUACCACCCAAGCAAAGGAUAUGUUGUCAGAAUUCGGCCUUGACGUCGAAGACUUCCAUGAUAUCAAGUCUGCCCUACCAAAAGUAAUAAACCUCCUGAAAGACCAGCUGAAGGAGGAAGGAAUUGAAAUCGAUCCUGAGAACCCAGAAGCCAUGAAGACCCAGCUUGAGGCUCUGCUCAGACAACAUUUCGAACUUCCAGAGGAUGCUUCUCCAGAAGAGAUGAGAGCCAAGGUCAUGGAAAAGAUGAGGGGAUACAUGGAUACCCUCGGACUCGAAGUAGCUGAUGAGGAUAUGGAGACACCAGAGAAAGCUAUGAAUGCGCUCAAGAAGAAGUUCCUUAACACUGCCAAUGAAUACGGAUUUGAAUUCAAGGAUGAAUCUUCUCUGGAUGAGAUCAAGGAGGCUAUUAUGACCAAGGUAAAGAACUCCGGAAUCAUGGAAAACCCCAUGCAAUACUUGCCCAUGCUCAUGAAGGGACUCCAGGGUGUCAGUGGAUUGGUAAUGGGUGGAAACCAAAUGGAACAGCAACAGCCCAUGAUGGAGAUUCCUCCUCAAGAGAUCAUGAUGCAGAGACAAAUGAUGAUGCAAAGGCAGAUGAUGAUGCAGCAGAGAAGACCAAUGCCAAUGAACAUGAACUUUGAGAUCAACAUUGAUGGCCAGAACACCCAGAGGCCACCAAAUGCCUUCCCUGCCUACCUUAGAGGCGCUGAGGAUGCUCUCAUGCACGCUUAUGGUGAUGACCAGGAGGUUGUCCGUCACGUCAUGACUGUUCAACAGGGAAUCAGCCACGGUGCUGUGUCUGAGGAGGCCGUUCACGAGCUUCUCACCGAUCUCAUGCACGCCCGUCUCCAGGCCCGUGUCCUUGCUUCCAGAAACCAGAUGUUGGAGCAACAAGUCAUGCACGAGCAGUUUGAGGCUCGUAUCCCAGUCAGCAGGAGCCCAUUCCUUAACCAUAUCCGCCACAAGUGCAAGCACGGCAGGAACAACAACGAGUAAAGUGUACCUAGCCAUACAAUAGAAACCAGACACCUGUGAAACAACCAUUGUCAGUAAUAGAAACACAAAGGCAUGCUCUAGGACCACCGUAUAGAAUCAAAUCAACACUAGAGGAGCAUAAUUUCGGAUUGAUAUAUAUUAUCAUGUAGCUGUUUUCCUAACCUGUCACGGAAGGAGGUCUGAAUAAACAAUAGGUGACCUUA